AUGAGAAAGGCGAGCAUCAGAAGGCUUCAAACAACUGAAAAUCAAAUGAUGAUGGUAAUACCAAAAUGGGUAAUUGUAAUGUUCAACACAAUGUUCUUCAGAAAAUGCAAAGUUCAUAUUGGUGUGAAGAAGAAUGAAGAGGAUAGAUUUUGCAUUGAUUGUUGUUCUUCUUUCUGUUCUAAUUGUCUCCCACUUCAUCAUGCUCACCAUAACCACAUCAAGAUUCGGAGAUAUAUUUAUAGUGAUGUGAUCAAUCGACAAGACUUGUGCAAGCUCUUCAAUUGUUCUGGCAUACAGACAUAUCUUACGAACAAAGCCAAAGUGUUGUUCUUAAAGCAAAGAAAUGGCCGCAAACUACAGCAACAAAUUCAUGCAAGGGGUUAUAGUUGUAUUGCAUGCAGCAGAAGAUUACAAGAUAAUAGUUCACUAUAUUGCAGCAUUUCAUGCAAGGUUUCAGCCAUUUAUUGCCAAAAAGAUGAAGACUGCGCAUCAUCUAUUAAGAAGAGGAUACUAAAGCAAUCCAGAAAAGGAGUCCCUUUCCGAGCUCCGAUGUACUGAUUUCUAUCAUUAUCCAAUUUUAUCGGAUUAUUGAGUUCUUUUUAUAUAUAUUUAAUUUAUUUUAUCUUGAUAAAUUAAAAUAAUUUGUGUAUGUAUAAUCUGUCUUAAAGCGUCUAUCGAUUUAGAACAGAGAGAUUGUAGGCAAUUGAA